GAGAGCGCGGAGCGGACGGGGGAGAUCGGGGAUUUUCGUCCAAAGCGACUCGUGUGAAUCUAACGUGUGCAUGACUGGAGUUGACCUAUUGCGGCGACAUGGAUUUGAAUUGAGCGCCAAGUCGUUGGGCUUUGUAGUGUUCGGACAGCCCCGGGACUUACACUUUAACUGAAAAGCAGACAGAGACAAUGAAAAUGUGGCUCUUGUUCCUUGUGACCAUCCAGGCUCUGUUCCUCACCGGCUCUGAGGGUCAAGCACAGAAAGCAACUUGCAAAAACGUCUAUGCAGCUGAUAUCGUCUACCUCGUGGAUGGCUCCUCGAGCAUUGGAAGGGUCAAGUUUGAACAAGUCAAAAGCUUUAUUGAAGCAACAAUUCAACCGUUUGUAAAUGUGAUUGGUCAAAGUGCAGUCAGAAUCGGCCUUGUUCAGUAUAGUGAUGACCCCAGGGUUGAGUUCUCAUUUCAAGAUCACAGCACAGGAUUCCAAAUACUGCAUGCAGUCCACAACCUGCGUUACAAAGGUGGGAACACAAGGACGGGAGCUGGACUGAAAUACGUAGCAGACAACUUCUUUGGAUCUCCCAAACUGAGGCGUUCUGUUCCCAAGAUCGCUAUCUUGAUAACCGAUGGAAAAUCGCAGGAUAACGUGAAUCAGCCAGCCUUAAAGCUACGGAGCCAAGAUGUUAAGUUGUUUGCAAUUGGGAUAAAGAAUGCUGAUAAACAGGAACUCGAUGAGAUUACCUCAACACCUACCGAGGAUUAUUCGUACUUUGUGAAUGACUUUAAAAUCCUACGAACUCUCUCGCCGCUGAUUUCCAAGAGGGUUUGUUCCACUACUGGGGGCACCCUGGAAGAAGCAGGGGCUGUCCAAGUACCUGGAGGCCCCUCAAAUCUAAUCUUCAGCGACAACGGUUUCGAAUCAUUGCGGAUUCGUUGGACUGCGGCAGUGGGACCUGUGGCAGGGUACAAAGUUCAAUACUCUCCCCUCAACGCCCUGGGCUUUCCGAUCUCCGCUGAACUCCGCGAGAUUACUGUUGGAGCAAAUGAAAACUCAGCUUUUCUGCAAAGGUUGAAACCUGCAACGGAGUAUCUGGUGACGGUGAUUGCCCAGUAUGCCAACAGCAUUGGAGAGUCUACUUCAGGAAAGGGGAGGACAGAGGUCCUGCCAGGAGCAUUGAACUUUCGUGUGGUCACAGCUGGACACUUCACACUGCGGUUGGCGUGGAAACCACCGGCCUUCCCCGUGCAAGGGUACCGGCUGACAUACAAGCGUAGAGGAGAUGCAGAUAUCCAGCUGGAAGAGAAGACCCUGAGUGCUAACAUAGCCACCUUUACCCUCAAGGACCUGCUGCCAGACACCGAGUAUAUUGUCACCAUCCAGCCCAUUCACCCAGGCAACACAACGCUGCCAUCUUCCAUCUCUGGAAAGACGCUGGCUCUGAAACAAGUACAGCAACUGACCAUUCAGAACGUGACUCCCCAGAGCGCGGAGGUCAGGUGGAGGGGAGUGAGUGGAGCUACAGGCUACCGACUGAAGUGGGGCCCAUCUGCAGGAAGAGAUGUUCUGAUAGUCGCGCUCAGUCCAUCCACUGAAUUUUACCAAAUUCAAGGUCUCCUGCCAAACACUGACUACACAGUAAGCUUAACGGCAUUGUAUGGAAGAACAGAGGGGCCUCCUGCUACUACCAGGAUGAAAACAGAUGUGGCAGAAAACCUGGUUUUAAGGACAGUUGGGAUUAGUCCAACUGCUAUCCGUGUGACGUGGAACCUCCAGCGUGAUGCCAGCGCCUACAGAAUAGAGUGGAGGAAGGCCACAGAGGAACAGACACAGUCCAACGCAGUUGUGCUGACCGCUGUCUCCAACAACUAUGAUAUCACCAACUUGUCUCCCGGCACGGAAUACGCCAUCACUCUCUACACUCUGUACAACGACAGGGAAGUAGCAACUCCAGCGACCAUGUCAAAGACAGUGGAUAAAGAAAUAGAACUGGGAACCGUGGCAAAUUUGCGGAUAGUAGAAACAGCCCACAACCGGAUUCGGAUCAGCUGGACGGCAGUGUUGGGAGCAUCGGCGUAUAAAAUAAUCUGGAGAAACCCUGAAGGUUAUGAGAUCACUCAAGUUGUGUCACAUGAAACAACCUCGUUUGACAUUGACCAUGUGCAACAAGGAGUGACGUACAUCAUCAAAGUGUCUGCACUUUCUGGAGGCAGAGAGGGAAACGCCGCUAGCAUUGUUGCUAGAGCAGCUGCAUCUGUUAGGCGUGUGACAGAGCUCCGCUCGCUGGAAACACGGAGUAAUCUAAUCCGGAUUGCGUGGCAGGGAUUACCCCAGGCGACUGCGUACGAGGUCACAUGGAAACGUGCAGACGGAACCGAGGAGAGCAGAAUCCUGAGCGCAUCUGUGAACAUGUUCGACGUGGAAGGAUUGCAGUCAAAUACGGUGUAUGUCAUUGGAGUUUCAGCAAUGGUAGGGACCAGCCAGGGAACUCCUGCCACGGUCACAGUGAGGACGGAAUCCCUCACAGGAGAGGUGACCAAUCUUCAAGUGGUUGAAAGGCAAAGCACUCGGAUUCGUGUCAGUUGGGUUGGUUUCUCCAGAGCGACGGCGUACAGGGUCACAUGGAUGCGAGCGGAUGGCGUCAAGGACAGUAGGCUCGUCAGCAGUGGCACCACCUCGUUCGUCAUUGAUGGCUUGGAGCCCAACAAUGUUUAUGCAAUUGAGGUUUCGCCAUUAGUGGGAUCCAGAGAAGGGAAUCCAGUGACGGUGACUACAAAAACCAAUUCCCUUGUAGGAGAUGUGACCAACCUGCGAGUGAGUGAGAUUCGAAGGAACACACUCCUGAUCACAUGGACCACUGUAGGCAGGGCUUCGGCGUACAAAAUCACCUGGAAGAGUGCUGAUGCAAUCGAAGAGAGCAAUGUGGUGAACGGCGAUGUCAAGUCAUUCGAAAUCAAGAAGCUGAAACCUGGGACCGCUUACGCUAUUCGAGUCACCCCCAUAAUGGGAAGCAGGGAAGGAAUCCCUGUCACCAUCAUGGCAAAGACCGCAUUGUCCGAAAAUGACCAGGUGGACGGAGUCAGUGAUGUUCGGGUACUUGAAGCUCGCAGUAAUGUCCUCCGUGUAUCUUGGGUUGGUGUUCGUGGAGCCACUUCGUACAGAAUCAGCUGGAAGCGCAGUGAAGGAGGACCUGAGACCAGCAAGGUUGUAUCUGGAGAUAUAAGCACCUUUGAUAUUGUGGAUCUUGAAGGUGGAAUUAAUUAUCUCGUAAAAGUUGUUGCACUGAUCGAAAAUCGAGAAGGACGCCCUGUAACAAUCACUGCAACUACCCCCGCAGUCGAGCGUCCACUGGGAACAGUCGGGAAUCUGCGGACCAUCGGCUCAACGACGAAACGGAUUCAGAUUGCCUGGAGCAGUGUGCCAGGAAGCACGGGAUAUCGGAUCUACUGGAGACUGGCUGAGGGAGGGCCAGAGAGCGAUCGACUGGUUUUAGCAAACAUCAACACAUUUGACAUAUUGAACCUGCAGUCUGGGAAGAGUUACGUCAUCAGAGUCUCCUCACUUUUUGGUGAUCGAGAAGGAACUCCUACCACGAUCACUGCGACUACAGGCCGGUCUGAGGAAGUGCAGGGUUUCCGAGUGACAUACGUCGACACGAGGAAGGUUAUCCUGGGCUGGAAUCACACACCUGGCGUGACGAGUUACAUCCUCUCGUGGAGACUUGCCUCAGCAAAAGAAGAACAGCGGUCUGUUACCCUGCCGGCACGAACAGAUUCCUACCAGAUCACCAACUUGCAAAUUGGGCGAGAGUACGUGUUUACCAUCCGGCCUGUGUUUGGAACAGAGUUCGGACCUCAGACCUCCAUUACUGAGCGGCUUGUGUGUAGCAAAGCUGGCGCUGACAUUGUGUUCCUUGUCGAUGGCUCCGGGAGUAUUGGCCCUGAGAACUUCCAAAAGGUGAAGCAGUUCCUGUACAACGUGGUCUCUCAUCUCCCCAACAUUGGGCCUGAUGCAACUCAGGUCUCAGUAGUUCAAUACAGUGAUGACCCUAAGAUUGAAAUCCCACUUGGCAAACUCACCACUCAACAGGAACUGCUCCGGGCCAUAAGAGAACUUCUGUAUCAAAGUGGUGGGACUAAAACAGGCAGAGCCAUAGAUUUUGUCCUGAGUUACGUGCUUCAGAUCUCCGCAGGGAGACGCCCACAAGUUCCUGCCUUGCUGGUCCUCAUAACAGACGGACGGUCAGAUGACAGAGUCGUGGAUGCUGUAGGGAGGGCAAGGGCCGCAGGCAUCUACAUGUAUGCAGUUGGCGUUGGGGAGGCAGAUAUUAAUGAGCUACAGAGUAUAGUUUCCAAUGGAGACUCCAAGAACAUCUUCUACGCAGAAAACUUUGACUCGCUCGCCCGGUUUGAAGGGGCCCUGGCUGAUGUAAUCUGUGUUGCUGCCAGCAAGCCAGAUCAUGUACCAGACCGCUGUCCUACCCAGUGCCAAAAGGGUGAGAAAGGUGAAGCAGGAAAGAUUGGAAAACGAGGCAGAGAUGGUAUAGAUGGACUGAAUGGUGAGCCUGGACGGCCUGGUUUGCCGGGACCCCCAGGUCCAGUGGGGCCACCUGGGCCACCGGGGAGGCCAGGUACCACCAGCGAAAGCACUCAGGGCAUGAAGGGUGAGAAAGGGGACCCGGCAUAUCCAGGGAGGGAUGGAGCACCAGGAUCACCAGGCCGACCGGGAAACCCAGGCUCACCUGGAUCACCCGGAAAUCCAGGUAUUCCAGGACUGAGAGGAAAUCCUGGGGAGCCUGGGAUACCAGGAAGACCCGGUCCUGUUGGUCCAAAAGGGGAAAGGGGUGAGCCUGGCAUCGUGGUUGAUGGUGGAGGAGGCUACCCAGGCAGAAAGGGUGAACCAGGUCAAACUGGUGUUCCUGGCUCACCUGGUCUUCCUGGACAUAGAGGCGAAAGAGGGCAGCCUGGUCAAAUAGGACCACAGGGUCCCAUUGGACCUCCAGGUCCCCCUGGGAGGUCCAUCAAGGGGGACAAGGGAGAUCCAGGUGAGACACGUUCAGUAACUUCAGAGGGUGGAGCGGGUCAGAAAGGAGAGCCUGGUGUACCGGGACGGCCUGGUGAGACAGGGAGCCCAGGACCAAGAGGACCUCAAGGGAGUGCAGGACAGAAAGGCGACAAGGGAAACGUGGGCGAGGGUUUCCCGGGACCACCCGGCCGUCAAGGAGAACCAGGUGACCGGGGUCCCAGAGGACCUCAAGGGGAACAAGGAGAUAAGGGAGACAGAGGCCAGCCAGGUGAAAGUGGUGCACCAGGAUUCCGGGGAGAGAGGGGACCACCUGGAAUACCAGGCAUUAAGGGAGAUCAAGGACAAAUUGGACCACCUGGUGUCCCAGGGUCAGUGGGUUUGCCAGGUCCCAGUGGUCCCAGAGGUGAAAAGGGAAGUGAGGGACGAAAAGGAGAACCAGGACAGACUAUCCCUGGUCCAGCCGGAAGUAAAGGUGAUCGGGGUGAGCAGGGACGCCCAGGAAUUCCGGGAGAGAAAGGAUCAAAGGGACAGCCGGCAGACAAAGGCGCGAAGGGUGAAACUGGGUUUGGCAUCCCUGGACAACCAGGACCCAAGGGUGAUCCAGGUGAAAGAGGUAACAUCGGACUUUCUGGCAGGCCGGGAGAAAAGGGGGACUCUGGAGCUCGAGGAGAGAAAGGGGAGCCUGGUAAAACAGGACCACCUGGAUUGAUUGGACCCCGGGGGAAAGAGGGUGAAAAGGGAAGCAAAGGAGAGGAAGGAACACCGGGAGAGACUGGACCACCAGGUCGCACAGGAGAGAGAGGACUUCGGGGUUUCGCAGGAGCUGACGGCAGACCAGGAGAAAAGGGAAGUGCUGGUGAAUCGGGAGAACCUGGGAGAAAUGGCAUCAGAGGUCCAGUGGGCCCAAAAGGAGACCAAGGCGACAAGGGAUCAACAGGACCUCCAGGUCCUCCAGGAAAACUGGUCGACAUUGGAGGUGGAUUGCCAGGUAUUAAAGGAGACAAGGGAGAUCCUGGCAAACCUGGUGAAUCUGGGUCAAGAGGACUCAGGGGAGAACCUGGGCCCCCAGGCCCAGCUGGUGAUCGAGGUUUGGAGGGUCAACGGGGUCUCCCUGGACCACAGGGAGAUCAAGGUCCAAGAGGAUUCUCAGGAGAAAAGGGAGAAAGAGGAUCACCUGGGCUGGAUGGCAGGAACGGAAUUGAUGGGAAGAAUGGUCUCCCAGGGCCUCCUGGGCUGAGGGGUGACCAAGGGAAACAAGGGGAGCCUGGCAGAGACGGGUUGCCUGGCCCUAGGGGAGAGGCAGGAGCAUCGGGGACAACAGGACCUCAGGGCCCACCAGGACAUCCGGGCAAACCAGGGGAUAACGGGAGGCCUGGACUUCCUGGAAAGAACGGAGAAGAUGGGACUCCAGGAGAGGAUGGAAAGAAGGGUGAAAAAGGUGACCCAGGAGAAACUCCAAGAAAUGGACGAGAUGGGGUCAAAGGUGAGCGUGGAGAACCCGGGCUACCAGGACUUAUCGGACCUCCAGGCCUGCCGGGUGUAGUUGGACUUCCGGGGCCCCCUGGGCCGGUUGUCUUUGUCAAAGGACUUGAUUCAGCCACACCAGUACGAGGACCACAGGGGCCCGCAGGAACACCGGACCCUGUGAUUGUAAAUCUUGGAAUCCCAGGUAUUCCAGGACUUACAGGACCACGUGGAGAGAAAGGAGACAUAGGCUCCAAAGGUCAGAAAGGUGAAUCUGGCUUUGAUGGAAAACCUGGCUCCCCUGGGACAUCCGCUAACGUUGAAGAAGCUCUGUCAAAAUUUGGUGUUAAGAUUUCAAUGCUGCAGAAAGUCCUGGAGAGGCAUGAUGAAGAGAGCCACAGGCUGCCAGGGGAGAGGGGACUAAGAGGGGAGAAAGGAGACAAGGGCGAAAGAGGAGAAAAAGGAAGCGAGGGAUUCAUCGGGAUUCCAGGAGAAAGAGGAUACAAAGGAGACAAAGGAAGCCAAGGUGCUCCGGGACCUGAGGGACCUCCUGGCCGUGCAGUGUUCGAGCGAGGGCCAGAAGGUCCUCCAGGUCAUUCCGGUGAACCAGGAAAGCCCGGCAUCCCAGGGUUACCAGGUCGGACCGGAGAGAAAGGGGAACCUGCACAGCCAGGAGAGAAGGGUGAAAGAGGGGGUAAAGGUGACCGAGGAGACCCUGGGCGAGAUGGUGUUCCAGGCCCAAGAGGUCCUCCAGGUCCCAUGGGUGCCAAACCAGAAGUACCAGACACUGGCCUUCCUGGAGAACGAGGACUUCCAGGGCCACAGGGGAUAAUGGGUGAACGUGGACCAGCAGGACCAGUUGGAGCCAAAGGAGAUAAGGGUGAUACUGGAGCCAAAGGAGACCAAGGCGAAAGGGGUGAAGUUGGUGAGAAAGGCAGGGAUGGUGUUGCGGGGAACCCAGGGGAACCAGGCCCUGCAGGAUUAGAAGGGAAACCUGGACUGCCAGGCUUCCCUGGAGUACUUGGCCGGCCGGGUAGCCAAGGAGAUCCUGGACCACCAGGCCCCCAGGGCCAACCAGGACCACAAGGCCCAGCAGGUGCACCAGGAGUGAAGGGUAACCAAGGUGACCAAGGUUCGAGCAUUCAGGGGCCACCUGGUCCUCCUGGUAACAUGGGACUUCCAGGAAACCCCGGUGCUCCUGGAGCUAUGGGUCCUCCGGGAGCACCAGGAUUGCCAGGACAAGUGGGAGAACCAGGGAAGCCCGGAGUGCCAGGAAGGGAUGGCAUUUCAGGAAAAGAUGGAGAGAAAGGACUUCCUGGGACUAUGGGAGUUCGAGGAUUUCCAGGUGACAAGGGAUCCAAGGGGGAUCAAGGAGCACCAGGACCGCCUGGAGAGUCAAUUACUGGAAAUCCUGGAGCACCUGGACUAAAAGGAGAAAAGGGAACACCUGGACAUGUGGUGCCUGGAGUUUCUGGACAGAGGGGUCUGAAGGGAGACGAGGGUAUGAAAGGUGACCAAGGUUCAGUGGGCCCAAAAGGACAGAAGGGUGAACAAGGAGAGCCAGGAGAGCCAGGACAGGAUGGUUUAAAAGGCUUACCCGGACUCAAAGGAGAUAAGGGUCAAGCAGGCAUUGGAUUACCUGGCCCCACUGGGCUGCCUGGUCCUCCAGGUCUUAAGGGAGACCCUGGGUUCACAGGACCACCAGGACCUCCAGGACAACAAGGCCCAGCUGGUAUCACUGGGCAACCAGGCCUACGAGGUGAAGUUGGACUACCCGGCCCACAGGGACCCCCAGCACAGAGGGGCUUACCAGGGCUUCCAGGAAGAGACGGAACUGUGGGUGCACCGGGAGCACCAGGACUGCCAGGACCACAGGGUUUGCCAGGGCUACAGGGUCCACCAGGUGACAAGGGUGAAACGGGAAUGGGAAUGCCAGGCUCAAGAGGAGAACGGGGAGAUCCAGGACCAAGGGGUGAAGAUGGAAGACCAGGCUUAGCUGGAGAACGUGGACCAUCAGGGCCUCCUGGUAGUCGAGGGGAAACCGGGGUCAAAGGUGAUCGUGGACCAGCUGGAGAGAAAGGAGAGAAGGGUGAUGCGAUUGCUAUGGUUGGAACACCUGGGAUUAGAGGAAUCAAAGGAGAAAUUGGAGACCGUGGUCCGAAGGGAAGUGAAGGAGAAAAGGGAGUGAAAGGAGAAGAAGGACCGAGGGGGGAGAAGGGACCAAAAGGGGAGCAAGGCGAUAAAGGCUCAGUGGGCUUCCCAGGAGCCAGGGGUCCUGAUGGGCAAAAGGGUGAGCAAGGUGAAGCUGGGGAACCAGGGAAACCGGGAAUACCGGGAAAGAACGGUGUCGAUGGAGCGAAAGGAAACCAUGGUGAUAGAGGAGAAGCAGGGCCUAAAGGUUUCAAAGGUGACAAAGGGAUAAAAGGUGCCUGUGGUUUAGAUGGAGAAAAGGGAAGUAAGGGUGAUCCUGGAAUUCCUGGGAGAAUUGGAUUCCCUGGCAGGAAAGGAGAUCAGGGUGAACCUGGCAUCGUUGGCCCCCCAGGUGUUACAGGGAAAGAAGGUCUCAUUGGACCCAAGGGUGACCGAGGGUUCGAUGGACUCCAGGGACAGAAAGGGGAACGAGGAGAGAAAGGCGAACGGGGUCUUCCUGGUGUCACUGGGCCACCAGGUGUCCGAGGAUCUGAUGGAAUUCCUGGUCCUCCUGGUCCUCUGGGUCCUGGGGGACCCCGGGGUUCUGAAGGAAUGCAGGGCCAAAAGGGUGAGAGAGGCCCUCCUGGUGAGGGUGUUCCAGGUCCCAGAGGAAUUCCAGGAAUCCCAGGGGAAAGAGGAGAUCCAGGUGAAAUGGGUGCUGAUGGUCCUAAGGGAGACCAGGGAAUUCCAGGAAUGACGGAGGGCCAGAUCCGUGCCUACGUACGGCAGGAGAUGAGCGAACACUGCGCCUGUGAAGGUCUCUCAUCAAAUCCAACGUCCUAUUAUCGUCAACUCCCUGUUUUAAAGAUCUCACAUGAGGAGGACUAUGAUGGUUCUAAUGGGAAGGAGCUCAGAGUGGUGGUAAAUGGCAAUGACCCAGACUAUGAACACUUCUACACCAUAGGAAGCUACGAUGCACCAACAGAAGACUAUGGGCUGGAGCAGUUGCAAAGCUCAGAAGUGAUGCGCGACAAAGUAGAUGCCACAGAUCUGCCACAACAGGAAAGGUUUAGAAGAGAUGCUUCCAUACAAGACCCUUGCCUCUUGCCCCUGGAUGAGGGAAACUGUUCCAGGUACACGUUGCGUUGGUACUACCACAGAAAAAGUGGCCAGUGUCGUCCCUUCAUCUACAGCGGCUGCAGAGGCAAUGCCAACCGGUUCCAGACACCAGAAGACUGCGAACACUCCUGCAAGAACAACAAAGCAGAACUAACAAAAGAAGAAGGAACCUGAAUAACAGAAUCAACAAAGGAAGAAGGAACCUGAAUAAAACAGGAAGAAGAGUCAGAACGAUUUAAAUUUUAAUCUUGAGGAGUUUGGGAGGUGGGGCUGGGGAAUGGGGGCCCCUUUUGUAAUUAUUGAGCUUGUAAUGGUUUAAGAAAAAAGAUGGUGCUAUAUAUUUUCACAGUUAAAAUGAAAUCUUUAUGAAUGAUUUUUGAACAAACAAAUGCUGUUUUAAUGGUUGUAUUUGUCACGGUUCAAUGCUGCUCUUAAAAGCAGGGCAGAUAUCAGCAGAUAAAGAGAAAACGUAGUCAAGUUUACAGUUUGAAGCUUUUAGUGAUAAUCUCAGAGAUAAGCCCUUCAACUAUGUGUCUUUCGUCUGAUGGAAUCUCUGUUCUAACAUAUCUACAUUCGGGGCAUCAGGCAACCUGGUGGGUUAAAUGAUGAAUUUUUACCUCUCUAAUUGGACGCUUCCUAGUCCACCAACAAAAUUCACCUCCUUGUUGUGGGCCAACUUUGAAAUGAAUUUAGUCUUAAUCUGGCUCUCCCUCUGGGAAAAACCUGCAGCAAUAAACUGCCCCUUAAUUUGCUAGAGAGAAACAAAGGGAAAAUGUGCGCACUGCUUCUGAGGUCAAAAUAGAGGCAGAAUUACCUGAUCUGAGAGAGUCUGCUAUCUGAAAAGGUGUGAAGCGUUGUUACGACCCCUCACGCAAAGAAAAGGGUGAGGGAAAGCUUCAUUGCAUAUCUAUUUCUAUGUGCAGCACCCCUUUGCAGAGAAUCUGUCUGGAGAACCCUGUGCCUCACGGCCACAAGGAGAGGUUAUUUAUGCUAAGCAGCGUGCAUCUCUCUCUGUGACUUCUCCAUGGGGAUGCAAGGUGUAGAUCCAGUGAGGGGUGGAGAAAUUAAUCCGUGGUCGGUAGCAGUACAAGAGCCCAAGAAUAUUGGCCACCAGAUGCACUGACCUCGGUUCCGCGGGAGUCAAUGGAACUGAACUAGUGGAGCUGACAAGAAUUGGAGGCCAGUACUCCCAACGUGGUGACCAAGAAUGCAUUUCACCCCCACCCAUUAAAUUGUUUCUCUUUUGCUGUUGCCUUGGAUCCCUCAGUGCUUGAAAAGGUCGGAAAGUUUACUAUUCCAAUUUCACUUUUGUGGGAAAACUCACUGGGAGGAAGGGGAAAAAUUUUAAAAAUGCAAACCAUGUACACCUCAUUGAGGUGAAUUAAUUAAGUCUGCAUUUUUAAAUUCAUUAGGGUGAGAUCUUUUAUGUAUCAAUGCAAAUAAUUUAAAUGAAUAACAUAAAAGGACCAUGUUGGGCCAUGUUCGGAAUGUACAGAUUAUGUGUAACGUUAUCCAAUAUCUCUGCCUGCAUAUUGCAAAAUUGCAAACUCUUCACAGAAUUUUUUUUCUGUCCACGUUUAGGAUUGGCAUUAUUUGAUGUCUAUUGGUGAUUACAGUUAUUUUCUGCAUUGAAAUAUCUUCUUUUCAAGAGAUAUUUUCCGUUGGCUCAGUUGAUUAAUCCACCACCAAAGUCCUAUAGACCAGAACAGUCCCUUGAGUGAAUUGACUGCUGGAUUAGAGAGAGUCAGUGGGGUCUCUGUCCAUGUUCUCAGUCUGAGAAUAGUAGGAAGGGCAAAAGAUAUCCAUCCCAUCUGGAGGAUGCGUGCAGUUGGACUUCAGAUUUAAAGAGAACCAGGCUUUGCUGUAAUGCCUCCUCAUUGAAAUUCAUCGUCCGCUGCCUCACCUCAAAGCAUAGCCCCUCAGGUGGGCAGAUGGGUCCUGUGGAGAGUGCAGUGGUAGACAGAGUCUUGAGGACAGGUCUUGAAAGCAUACAGCAGAAGGAUCAUCCUGGCACAUGGAAAUGCAUUUUAACAACAGGAACUUGGUUAUGAUUCCUUUAACAUGGCAAGAGCACUUCAAUGAAAUGCCAGCCAGAAGUUGACACAGAGCAAGAUAAUAAGACUGGACAAAGAAGUUGAAAUAAAAUAAAUUAACUGUUGCCAUUCACAAUCUCAGGACAUCCCAAAAUACUUUACAGAAAUGAAAUACUUUAGAUGUGUAGAAAAUCUGCACAUCAAGCACCCACAAAGAGCAAUGAGGUAAUGACCAAAUAGUCUCCCUGUUGGUGCUUGCUGACAGGAUUAAUAGUGGCCAGGUCAGCAAGGAUAACUCUUAGCAAUAGCGUCAUGGAAUCUUUUACGUAACCUUAAAAAGCAGAUGAGGUCUUGGUUUAAUUCCUCAUCCAAAAAAAAAUCACCUCCAGCAUUGUGGUGUUCUGUUAGUAGUGCACAGGAGUGUCAACCCAGAGUUCUGUACUCAAAUCUCUGCAGUUAGGUUUGAAGGACUCAACGAUUGCAUUACUUUUGCUGCCAAUUUCCACCCUGCCCUCGCCUUCACAUGGUCAAUCUCAAACUCUUCGCUUCCUUUUCUAGACAAUCUCAGGAGAUAGGCUCGCUACUAACAUCCAUUAAAAGCCUACGGACUCUCACAGCUAUCUUGACCACUCUUCUUCCCACCCUGCCUCCUGUAAGGACUUCGUUUCAUUCUCCCAUUUCCUCUGUCUCCGUUGAUGACAUUCUCCGUACAGAUGCCUCUGAAAUGUCUUCUUUCUUUCUGAACCGCUUCUACCAUUAUUAUCAAUGCCCUUGACCGCAUCUCAUUCAUUUCCCACACCUCUGUUCUAAUCCCCUCUCAUCUGGGACGGAACAAUGACCGAAUUCCCUUGGUCCUCACCUUCCACGCCAUCAACCUCCACGUUCAACAGAUCUUUCUCCGCAAUUCCCACCAUCUUCAAAGAGAAUUCAGCCACCACUCAUCUCAUCUCCUCCUUUUGUCUCCCGUUCAGUUCUGACGAAGGCUUUCCGACCUGAAGCAUUGACUCUGUUCCUCUUCCCGUAGAUGCGGCCUGCCUGCUGAGUAUUCCCAGCAUCUUCUGUUCUUGUUUUAGGUUUUAAGAAUGCAGCUUGAAAGGUUGGUGGGGGGGGAUGUAGGAAGGCUUAGGGAGGGGAUUCCAAAGAUCAGAGGUUUGUUCCUGAUAUCAACUGACCAUUGUUGCUAACACCCAUCUGCGUUCCACUGUAUCAUUUGUUCCAAAGUGUAUUUGCCUCAGAAUUGGGUAUAAAUAAAUGAAUAAUAUGGGAGGAUUAAAAAAGAAAACUCCAGAUGAAGAGUUAGCGCUGACACAGUUAUGAUGGGCUGAUUUGUCCCUCAUUUGCUGCUAUUUCUACCCAUAGUAGGUUGUCUAACUUAACUGGUCCAGGGUAACCUUUGCCAUUUUGAGCAAGCUCCCACUGGAUGAAGAGUCACGCACAUUCCUUUCCUUCAGGCACGUUAAGGGUUUCACCUGACUAGACACAUGGGCAUCGUGAAAGGGAUCCAGUAUUAGGUAAAGCUUCUAUGAACUGCGAGGGAAGACCUGGAUGUAUUGUGUAAUGUUUUAAAAAUAAUUAUAUCAUUUUCAACCUCUCUACUGAAGGCAAAGAAACUCAAGUGGUGCUAAAGUCAUGAUCUGAAGAUCUCGGUGUCAGGUUUCCAUAUUGUGCAGCACGGAAAUGCUUCCAUAACAUGAAGGGAAUACUGACCAUUCUUCCAAAAUUUGUUAACUUGGUGUAUCCCACCACCUCCCACCACCCCCCCCCCCCCCCAUGCACCCAACACCGAUGUCAUUGAAGGAAGACUAACUGCUGUACAUUGUGGAAUUCGGAUCACAAAAGUAAUUUAAGAAACUGUGGGAAUAGUUGCAUUAAAACAAGACUUUACUCCUUGCCAGCAAGCCUACAAUAGGUUGGCAUCCAAUCCAAGACCAUUCUCUCUGCUCGAGCCCAGUUUCUGUGUCUUUCUUAUAAACACAUAGCUCUGGUUGACACUGGCCAAAUUAUUUGGUUUCUGUGCCCUCCUUCAGGGGGAAUGUUUAUAUCUGAAUUUACAAGCUAAUUAAUAGGCUGUCAGGUUUGCAAAUUCAUUGUUUUGUAUCUUCACACAGUCCUGUUGGAUAACGGUGUGAAGUUAAGGAAAGAAUCAUCGGCUCUUUCACAGUCUGACAGGACGGCUAAGUUGAUAGGUGGUCCCACCUGGUGGUCAGGCUGAAGCUGCAAAGGCAGCUGCCUCUACACAUGUUCCAACACUCUGUGCAGCCGUUGUAACCUAAAGCAAGAGCCAACAUUCAUUGGCUAUUCAUCACCACAUUGGACAAGGAUAGGCUUAGGUUUGGCUGCAGCGCCAAGCAACAGGCAUAUUCAUUGUCUGGGGCAGAAGAGGUCAGAGAAGGUCUCGAACUCUACCACCAUUCAGUUAGAUCGUAUCUGACCUUGUGCCUUAUGGGUUUUCCUGUCUAAUCCCCGUAACCUCAAAAGCUAUCAUCCUCAGCUUUUAAUUCACUCACUGACAGAGCAAACUCUGUUUACUGGAGUAGAGAACAGAGAGGAUUCACAGCCACCUUACAUCAGUUUUAAAUGGUGAACCCUUAUCCUGAGAUCAUACCCCUGGACAUCCUGCAACCUUGAGGAAACUCCCUGUCGAUCACCCCCAGAACCUUGUGCAAGUGACUGAAGGGGUGCCUUAUCCUCACUGAUUCUACACGCCAGAGCACCACGUAAUGUGGAUGAUAGCAAGCUCUUCAACUCUCUGCUGGAAGGACCUUCUGUGCAUUAACAUCUGCCCAAUACAUCUAGGUGUGCUUCACAAUGAAAGGGAUGGAACACGACUGUGUUCAAACCUGGGCAGUUUGCUCAGGUUGAUAGCAAGUGAAGCUAAUCCAUCCUAAUCUCUGUUUUUCAAACGAGUUGAUGUGCAACAUUAAUGGGAUGUGUUUUAUUUGAUUGUGGGUUUUAUUCUCCCUCUGACCUCUCGGACACAUCUCAACAGGAUAAAUGACCCCCAUAGCAUUCACUUUCUAGCUACAACCUCACCUCCUCCUAGCUUACUCUAUUACUAAGAUUAUUGCUCUCACCUUCCCCUUCUCUUCCCUCUCCCACAAUGGUUAAUGCUCCAGGUCCUCUCACCUGACACGUAUUUCCUCCUUCCUGACCUCACUGUGGUGAAAUCCAGACCUUCUCCCCACACGUUCUCUAAUUGAUGUACCUCCAGCACCGAGAACAGAGUCUCCCUGACCAUGGUCUUUAUGAGCUUAUCAACUCUUUCUCCCUUCCUGCCACCCACUCCCUGCUACUUAGACCAAUUUUGUUUGUGCUAAUCUGUUUCCGCUUAAAUCUUCCCUACCUACCUCCAUUCAAAUCACGGUCACAUCUGGUGCUUCGAACCUUUGCCAUUUAGGCUGGAUUCUCAGCCUCUUCAUUCUCAGAAGUUUACAGUCCUUCCCCUCAAUGCACAACAAGUUAUCCUAACUUGUUGUGCAUUAACAGCAGAAUAAUCCUUGGUUUGCCCAAAUAUCUUUUGCAUUUUCAUGAUGCAGACAGUAUGCUUUUAAAAUGUCCAUCUCCAGGUUAGACAGAAAUGUUAACCAG